ACCACCAACUUUCUAAAAGGAAGCGAGCUGCAUAUAUAAAUUCUCAGAAAGAGACAGUGAGCCUGAACAUCGCCAUCAUCUGAGGGACUUAACUCUGAGGCACAAUGUCGGACUUUGAUUUAGCUGAUGCGCUGGACUGCUCACCUGACAACAGAGCUCCCCCGAGUGACACAGAGGAUGUGGAGUGUGACCUGAAGCUCAGCGAAGACCUGAACCUGAUGGUCACCCGCAACAGGACGACCAUGAAGAGAGUAGCCAACCUGGUGCUGGCCGUCAACAUGCUGAGCAAGUCCCUGUCUCUGUGUGGCAGAGACCUCAGCGACGUGGCGCUCUGCGGCGCCAUCAUGGACUGCGUGGUGGAAGAAACCGUUUUCCAGGAGGCAUGGAACUCCUUCUCAGGGAAGCCGCUGUUCCAGCGGUGCAGCAGCGUGUGUGAGGUCACGGUGAGCGACGAGCGCCAAAAAGAUUUAAUCUUGACAACAAGAGAGAUGAAGCUGCAGGCCAUCACCCUGAAAGCCGGAAACUGUGAUCGCGAAGUGAACUUUAAGAUGUGCCACUACAGUCCGCCCUCCAGCAUCAAUUCUUUGACGGUUCUGUUAUCCGUCUCUAAGAACCUGCACAUUUCUUGCUCCAUGGAAGAUGGGAAAGUUUCGCUGAUAUUGGAGCAAUACAGCCAGGAGUCUCUGAAUGAGAUCAACCAGGAUGACGGCUUGGACCGCUUUCUCUUCUUCAAGAUGACCCCCCCCGGUGGCUCCCUGGUCAGCUUUGAGUCGGUGAAGUUCCGCGGCUGGUUCAUCAGCACUUCCUCUGUGGACGUCGACCCCUCGGUGGAGAUGUGCCAGGCGGCCACCUCCUGCAGGGUCACCUGCUUCAACGUCAAGCACCAGGAGAAGAAAUAGAAAUUUAAGCUGUUUGUAUUUCUUUGCUUCACCACUAGAUGGAGCAAUAAUGUACUUAUUUCCUGAGGUUGCGGUAAAGCGCCGUUCUGAGUUUUAAGGUAUGAAACGAAAAUAUCUUUUUUCAGGCAACAAAAAAUGACUUGUAUAACGUUCUCUGUUUUGUUUAGUGGGAAGUAAUGUAAGAGGAUAUUCCUAAAAAUAAUUGAUGUAAUGCUUUUUUUUAGCAUUUGGUCUAACGUUAUGAAUGUGUUAUGUUAUCUACUUAUUGUGUGACUAUGUUUAUGUAUUUUGUUAAAUUUGUAUUAAUGUAAGAACAUUUUCAAGUUUAUUUUGGAAAUGUGUGGAUGUAUAUAACAAUAUUUAUCUAUAUACAAUUCUGAAUAUUAAUUUCAUACUAUCAUUUCAGAUAAAUUACAUGGAUAUAUAUAUACAGUAUGUAUAUCUGAAAUGAAUUUUAUAUAAAAAUAAUUAUUUUUCUUUUUGAAUAUUUGCAUUUAAAAUCUUUCUUCUGUCCUUUUUCAAGUUUUGUUAAACCUAUAUUUCUAUACUCAUUCAAUAAAUUAGAAUAUACUUUCUGACUAGGCUCAUUUGUCAAACUGAAAGUACAUUCAAAAAUAACUUAAGCAUAAUUUGUCUUUUUUUUUUUUAUUGUAAUAUUGUAUUGUCACCUUUUUAAAACAAAGGCAUGAGCCACCUUUGCCAAGUGUUUUUUUUUUUUUUUUUUUUUCCUAAAUCACUUUUUUAGCAAAAAUGACAUAUGCCAUUUUAGGACAGUGACAAUAUUAAUUUAAAUGUCAUGUUUUUGUUUAGUUUAAGUAGGAAAUUGUCAUAAUAAACACAAUCAAGGCCAGGAAAACAACAGUCUGUGUUUCAUGGAGCGGUCAGUGAACUUCUCAACGACAUCCUAAUUUAUUGAGUGGGUCUGUAUUAGAGAGCACGAUGGGCUCGAACUGGAGGAAGCUGGAUAUUUUUGGUGUUGCAGUGACCCCUGGUGGUGACACGUCAUCCUAGAAUCAGCCAAUUAACAACAGCUUUACAUUUAUUGAAUAUUCAGAACAAGAAGGCGGCGUUUUGUUGCCGGCGCCAUGGAUUCUCCGCUGCAAACACAACAGAGAGCAGAGUUAAGGAGCAACUUUGAAAAUGCCUAAAUGAGGGCAUCACUAUCAACUAUGAUAUGAAUUUUUAUAUUUCGCCUGAGAACAGCGAAGAGACACUUCAUAUGUGCAGUGGUAGGUCAUUUAAGCAGAUCUUCAGCACAAAUUUCAUUUCAAAUUUUAGCUUUUACGGUUUAUUUCAUUAAAACUGUGCUGAAGUAACAUCAGCCAAUAUUCAGUCCACAGUCAGUGAUGGUUUGGUACCGUGUCCUCCGCUUGUUCUGGUCCUCUGGGUUUUCUGAAGUCCAGGAACAGUAUCGUAUUGUUUAUCAGUUACUACAAAAAAAUUCACCAUAAGAAUUUUGAUCUAUUGUCGUCUUGAUAAAUUUCAAUUAAUGAUGUUAAA